AUGACGGGGACGUGGAACAGAAGAGUCGAGAAACGCUGCUACACCGCGACUACUGGAACUUGGAGGAGAGCAAAGACAGAGAAAGAUCCUAUGUAUUGGCGGCGUGAACGAGUAGAACAAGCAGCAAACGUGCCGAACAGAACACAGAGAGGAGGAGAAGAAGAAGAAGAAGAAUAUCGUCCCCGACUACGACUACGCAGUCCUAUUAUUUAUUAUUUACACCGUCGACACCCUUUGCCGUCCGGCAAAUGUGCGCGCACGUAUAAUAACAACGACCUUCGCCCGUAA